UACUUUCGCAACCUCAACAGUCUUUCUAGGCAAAAGGCGUUCCUCAAUUUCACACUCAUUGUGUGCACAGUGCACACAAAAUCCCAUUAUUGUUCUCUUCAAUCUAUAUGGCCCUUAACCUCAAUUUCUCCGAAAGAUUCAGCCUUUCGAUUCCUCUCUGGUGCACAUCACCCCCAUGUCUUGAUUCUCACCACAACCCUUUCUUUUUUCUUUAUCUUUCAUGAUGUGAAUUUUUCUGGGACAACGAUUAUCGCAACCCAGAACAAGGUUGUCUCAAAAAUUCGUGCUUUUUAAGGUUUCCGAGGUAUCCUUUUUGUUGCUUUGCUUUUUACUUUGUUGCUAUUAAACAUAUUCCUGUUGCUGUGUGUGGAAGCCAUGCCUGAGGUGUUGGAGAUAAGCUCCGAUGAAGAACAGGGUCCCGAGAAGAGACUGAAAAGCGUGGACUAUGAUUGGAUAAGGGAGUUUCUUGGCAUGUCUGAUUCUGAUUCUGAUGAUGAUGGAAAAUCAGAUGAUUCAGAUGACGUUAUCAUCAUCCGUGAGAACAAACCUCAUCAACCCAAGUCAAAGUCUUCAACAGUGGCUGUGAAGAACUUGUUGGAUGAUGAAGAUGGUGAUUGUGUAGUUCUUGAUGGUGACCCUGAAAAUGGUGUCACUUGUUUGGAUGAUGAGCCAACUGGGUCAGAUGAGUUGCUUGUAGUUGGAGAGAAGGGUCAGGUUGCUUGUAGAGACUAUCCUCAUGCCCGGCAUGCUUGUGCUAAAUUCCCUUUUUCUUCCACACCCCAUGAAACACAUUGUGACCAGUGUCACUGUUAUGUCUGCGACUCCCUAGCACCAUGUUUAAUGUGGGGCACUGGUUUGCACAUUUUAGAUCAUUGUCAUGCAAAUGAUAAAACUGAGCUAUGGAAAAAUCAGAGGAAAAACUUCAAGCUGGGCAAUUUUUCUCCCUUACCAGCUUUGACCAAUCAUGGUACUUCAUUACGUGCGGGACAUCGGGAGUGUAAUGAAAUUCUGCCUCCUGAGGUUAUUCACUUGCCUCCAGAUUCCAUUUUACGGAAUCAAGCACGAAGGUCAACUGCAGUGCACAGUUAUUCAUUGAAUUCUGUGCCUCAGAAUAACAUUUCUCGUCCAGCAAGAUUGGUUGCUCACUCCCCUGCACUGAAUUCCAGGGUGCAGAACCAGCUCCCUAUCCCGAAUAACAUCCCUGUAUACUCGAAAGCCCCCAACAUAUCAAUCCCGAAUGGUAGGUCCUACAGAGGUGCAUUCGUUAGAAACAGACCCCAACCUCUCUUUUUUCCAAAGCAUUGUCUCGGUGUGCGUACGCAUGCCAUCCAUAGGGAGCGAGGAAGUGGUGUAAGUGGUUUAAGUCAUCAGUUCCUUCAUCCCCUUCCAGCACCGAACAGAGUAGCCACUGCUGCAAACUUCCCAACAGUGAAUCACUCUGGUCAUGUUUCGUCCAGCCUCAGCAACCAUGUUAGUUCAACGCAGCUACAAGGUGAUGAAUAUCAUACUGCUCCAGGAUUCUCUAAUCAGAGCAAUGUCAAUGACCCAAAUCGUGUUUGGCUCCCCGGAAAUUCACUGUUGUCACCAAAUUCCAGGUCUCAUCCGCAAACAUACAGCCAACCAUUCAUCCAGUCAAAUGAGGGCAACAAUUUCUAUGAACCUUACAUUCAGGAUGGUGAUUCACCUUUAAGUUAUUCGGCGCCCUCUAAUAGCAACCAGCAUCAAAAUGAGCAUCAAAUGAGAAAUCAAAAUGAAAAUGCUGUUGGGAAUAUUGUUCCAUGUGAAAUUGAAAGCCAAGAAACUUAUCAGUCAAAUCAACAAGAGGUCAACCAAAGGGAAGCUUUUGGAAAUGCGGAUAACAUUUCAGCUUUUGAAUCAAGUUGGUGCAAAAAUACUGGUCAAAGUGUUGAACCUUCAAUUGCAUGCUCUCAUCUACAAGAUUCCGGAUCCUCCAACCAAGUCCAACCACCCAACGUAAGCGAAUCCGAUACACAUGUAACCCCUACUGGAAAUGUUGAACCACCAACCGAAUGUUCCAGUUUACCUGAUUCGUUUGUUGAUAUCGAAAACUGGCUUUUCGAUAAAGACUCAGUUCCAAGGUUAAGUGACAAUGGUUCUUUGCCAUCUGAACUGAUCAAUAUUCCAUCUCCUGAAUGGUGGCGAGAGUGUUAAAAAAAUUGAAAAGUUGUGAAAAUAAUGCUAAGGAGGCUAUUGAUUUUUCUGUCAAAUGACUUGCUUAGCUAUGAGUACUAUAUAGUAUAUGUCACAUUUUGAGGCUCAUAAAAUCCUUUAAGAGAUAAUCUUGCUAGGUGUUCAACAAUCCCCAAAAUUUGAUGAUAAAUUAGAUUGUAUAGUUAGUGCAUAGCCUAUAAGCCUAAUCAAUUAGAUAUGCUUUUAUUAUGGUUGGAUGUAUUGAAGGCUCAAAGAAAGUCUGAACCUUUUGCUGCUUUUAUGAACAGUUCAAGACCUUCUAAAGUUAAUGGAUGAAGUGAACAUGAUAAAUGAGCUUUGGUUGCAUUUA